AUAAUACAAAAUUUAACUGAAUAAUACAUUUAGAAUACAUUACAGAUUGAUUUAUUAAUACUGAUAAAAUAUAGAUGUCUUAUUUUAAUAUUUUCAAUACUUAAAUGACUUUAAUACAAUCUGGCAAUCUUACAAACAAUACAAUGCUAAUCUUUCUAGUUUUCUCCUGCAAAAGUUUUUCAAUGACCUGAUUAAUUUUUAAAAUAUUCAAUGAAACUGUUAAAUGAAUGUAUAAUACAACAAAGAAACUAAACAAGCAGCUCUUUCCUGUCACAUCAAGAUAGAAAAACAGCUCUAAGGUCUCUUUGAAUUCACACAGUUUUGGGGGAACGGGGAGGCAGACGGCUGCCAAGAUGUUGUCAGCCAUCUGUGGUCUGUAGUAUCUGAAUGCAAAAUAAUCAAGUUGAGGAAGAUGCAGGGGUAAGCAGUUUUUGGGGCUCAUUCAAAGAGCAAGUUCUCCUCUCAUCUCCUGUCGAACCUGAAGUCUUUGAUUAUGGCUCCAGGCAUCAAACUGAAGUAGUUCAGUGUGACUUUCAAAAGCUUUCAGAUUGUUUAGAAGUCACAUGAAUAAUCUGCUUCUGUUAUCAUAUGAUAAAAUGAAUCAGUGUUGCGCAAAACCAGAAACCUCUUCCUUUGAAGAGGCACUUUCAUUAUUUAUCUAGUUUAAUACUCAGACUUAUAUACAUUUUAUAGUUUCAUUUUCAUCUCUUAAAUACAAUAAUAAGAUCUAUAGUAAUACCGCUCAUGAGAAACUUCGCCCCGUCUGCGGUCUAUGUACUAAUGAGUGAGAAUAGGGUGUGCCAUUAUGCUUCCCCACAGCCCCUUCAUACACUGAAAUCAGCCUAAAUUUUUCACCCCACAGCUUUCAUUCUCGCCACACUACAGUCGUUGCCUCAGCUGAAUUAUUCAUGAGAUAUCAGGGAAGGGAAAUCUCAGUAGCUUGAUGGUACCCAUCACAAUACGACACAUGAAAAACUCAUAAAAAAUGAAAGAAAUAUAUGUUCUGUUGAGAUUGGCUGUAUUGUCUGGGAUCCUUAGUAAGUCUGCAAAGAGUCUUAUGAGCAUCCGUUGCCGAGACUCAUGAACUGGAGUUCAGUCAGCCAUUAAAAAACAGGAGUGAAUCAAGAUGGCAUGACUCCAACUCCUCCUCCUCAAAACAUGGGCAGCGCCCCUUCGCCGCCUGCACCCCUCCCCAACUCCAUCCCAUAUAUUUUACCCUGCAGCCAAAAGUGGGGAGACGAGGGGGGAUUUGGAAAGGAAUUGGGGCAGAUAGAUUGUGAAAACUAUGACAGCUGGAGCAAACCCUGGGAGGUUCCAUCCUGUUAAUCUAUGCAGUGUUUCACUCACCUAAUUGUUUCCAUUUCACUCUGAUCAGCAAAAUAGCUGUUAAAAUAUUGAAUGCAGUGUGAAGCUUUCCCUGCCUUAUCGAGCGCUUUCUGUCUUUAAAGGUGGAAUCCAAACCGCAAAUUUACUCCCAAGAGUCAGGUGCACGUGUGGUGUGACAUCACGGCACACGCCGAGCUCCCUUCAGCCCACACGGUGCAUUUCUGCGGUACUGACUUCUCCUUACUGUUGAGUUCAUCAUAUAUUUCUAUCAAAAUAAAUCAUAUUUGGGAUACAUUGAAUUGAAAAGGAUGUACUUUUAUGGUACAUUUAAUAACUGUGUGGUCUUACAGAUCAUUAUUAUUUGUUUGAUUACAUCAUUUAGAUUAAUGUUAAUGUUCAAGACAAUAUGCACUUACCCAAUUUAUUAAGAAACUGAAGCGAUUUUUUUUUAAUUGAUUUUACACUCCGUGUAUGUUUUGAUUAUCAUUCUGAAUCUGAUCUCUAAAAAAAAUUCCUUCACAAAAAUGCAAUUAUUGCAGCUUUUUUGCUAAAAAAAUAUUUUUGAAGAAAAAUGCGCAUAUUUAAGAGUUUAUAAGCAGAGAAAAGAUAUAGGAUGAAAAGUUUUUUUUUCCUUUUUGUUUUGUUUUUUUUGGUGUUUAUUGUUUGUUUGAAAGCAGAGGGUCUGUUCUUUCAUUUAAUAUAUUUGUAUGUUUACAUAUUUUUAGAAGAACAUUUUCCUGGAAGGCAUUUUGUGAAACUUUUGUGAAAAUCACAAAAAUGCUGGCGGGCAACUUAUAAAGGUGCAGUGUGUAACUUUUAGACAGAUCUAAUGACAGAAAUGUACUAUUAUAUACAUAACUAUAUUAUCAGUGGUGUAUUAAGACCUUACAUAAUGAACUGUUAUGUGUUUAUUACUUUAGAAUGAGACUUUUUUUAUCUACACCUUACAUGGAAGUCGCCAUUUUGUGCCGCCAUGUUUCUACAGCAGCCCUAAAUGGACAACCUGCUCUACAGAGCAUAUUUUGUCACUACUGUAUUUUCUUUUAGACAGCAACAUGUUUGUCCUGUGGCGGCUACCGUAGCUUCUCUAUGCUUUUCAGUUAAUGGUGGACUGAGUGGUUGGUUGCAAUUCACAAUCUCACUGCUAGAUGGUGCUGAAAUUCCAUACACUGCACCUUUAAAAAAAGGCUGGCGGGGAAUGAGUUAAGACGGUCUAUUAAUGCAGCUUAAAAAGUGUUUACUAUUUCUAUCUUGGGUUUCCAUCAUCCUUCAUGAGUGGAGAAACUUAGGGUGUAGGGUGUUCUAACCUCACUUUCAUAACCUACAAGCUGCCAAGUCCCACAAGUCCAAGUGUCAUGACCUCAACCAAGUGUCAAUGUAGCAAACCUCAAAACAUAAGCAUGUGAGAUCAAAGAUCAGAACAGACAUGACGAGUGAGUCAGAAUUGAACUGAACAAAAUAAGUUUUGUUAACCUACACAGCCAGAGUUCCUUCAGGGGUAAUCAAUGUGCCGGUCAUCACUUCUUUUUGGUCAUUCUUCUUAAAUUGAGUUAGUGGAAGGUGAAAUUGUAAUUAAAGAAAGGUGAAGGACAUGUCCAAUCUCUCCAAGCCUCGGUUUCUGUCCGCAUCAAGCUGCUGUGUGCAGGAGGGCAGGUCAGGGAAACAGUGUUUGGGUUGGGGGUGAGAGGGGAAUCACAGCUAGGGUUUUAUUACAGAGCCCUACACCAUAACCAGAUGUGCCUGAAGACAUCUCUGUGUGCUGGAGAAUCCAUUAACCUUGUAUUCCCAUGUCUUUUGGGCAGCAACAUUAUGAAAAAUGGAUAUGGUAUUAAUUAUAUUUCGCUAUUUGAUUAUACUUUGUGAUUUAUAUGAAGUUAUAUGUAUUUGUCAUUGCUCAAAUAUACAAAAGGACAUUUAUUGGAAGAAAGUCAGAUAUGGGAUCUUUUAAUGUUCCCUCAAAACAUUUUUGCUGCUUUAAGUUUGCAAAGAGCACCAACGGAUAUGGUUUAGCAUGCUAAAAAUAAGUUGGCGUCAAAAGACAUUGUCAUAGAAACCCACCUGUUUCCCAGAGUAAAAGUUUAAGAGCGAUAACUCACGGUGCCACAGGUGCCAGACGCUGUCUGCAAUUCAUUUCCUGUGUCACGGAGGCACAAUUUCAUUUCAGAGGUUAAACAAUGUUACUUUCAAUCAGAUAAAUUUAAUCUCAUGAGCAAUGGAUAUUUUUCUUAGUAUUGGUGGCACAUGCACUUUGCUACAUCUAAAGCACCUUCAGCAGACCACUGAUUGAUUCAGAUAUAUUUUCUUUUCUUUUAAUCAUAGUGUGAUGCCGGGCUUCUUCAAUGUAAUGAAUUAUUAAAAACAGCAUCAAGCACCCAUUUGAUGAUAAAUUAUUCAUGGGUGCAUAAAGAAUGCGCAUUUGAUCAAUUGUGAUUCAUAUUGUCAGCUGAAAGCGUUUUAAAGGCCACUUUUGCAGAAAGUAAAUAUGAUGAAACCAGAAUGAAUGAAUUGUGCCUGUAUUAAAAAGUGUUUUUAUUUAUUUAUUUACUGUAUAACAGUGUAGCAGUGAGCUGUAUCAUAUACAGUGAGAUUUAAAAGCAAAUCAAAGCUAAAGUACUCACAGCCCUGAAAUCAUGAAAUAUUAAUAACAAUAUCCGAAUACAUCAAAGUGUGAGUCUGGUGUGUGCAAAUAUGUCAAAAUGUGCUUUUGAGGCAGUCAGGUGCAAUAAUAAACAAACUAUAAUAGGCCUACCAGUAAUGCAGUUUACUGAUGUCACCCUGUAAUGUUAAGCCAACUAUAUGAAUCACAGUAUUGGUAACCAUUUUCAUGUUAUUGUGAAUUCGAAUAUUGCUUUCAAAUGUAUAAAAUGUGCUUUGUUCCAAGUCUCAAUUACACAUAAUGUGAACACUGUGUGUGUGUAUCAUGCCAUAUCCGUUCAUACCAUGAAAAAACGUACAGAUCUGAUUUAAUCAGCAUGAGCUCAUAAACUUAUCCAUAUGCAGUUUCAUGUAGUAUAAACAACGGUUCGGAUCAAAAUCCUGUUUGUGUGUUGAACAUUUACAACAUCCCGUCAGUGUGGGUUCAGUAGAUACAGAACAGACACAUGUGGCAGGUGCAUUGCUUAAUUCUGAGCAAUAACAAGUUAAGAUUUAGUGACAUCUACUGUCCAGUGCUGGAAAUUACAUGUUAUGGGUGUUUAAUAAGUAAUAGUUUUUACUGGCAACAAUCUAUGUGCAUUGAACUCUUUCUGCCUUUCUAUGUGCAUUUUACCAUAUUGUGUUUACCUGUAUAAAUAUAUAAUAUGCAAGCACGUUGAAGUACACUAGUGAAAGAGCACUACUAAAGAGAAUAAGAGAGAUUUCUCACUUUUAUGAAAUGUACAGCAUUUGCAAAUAUUGAUUUAUGGUGCUAAAUGGCUCCUGAUGUACUUAGCUGCCGUAUGCACACUUUCUCCACCAUAAAUUACCCAUGUGAAAGCCUUCACAUAACCCUACAUCCUAACAGACUUUGUAGAGGUCUGAAGUAAUGUCUCCAUAUCUAGGAUAUGGUGUUGAGUGACAGCGCCAUAUCCGCUUUUUGUAUCAGCGUAGCCAUGCAUGACCCGCACGCAGAUCCCCCUCCGUCUGUGUUGGCCAUCCUCGCAGCAGGGGUCCCAUUAUUGGGCUCAGCCAUCCAGCUGUCAACAACACCCUUCUAAUUCACACCGACGGUGCGUUCAUUCAACGGAUCAUGUGGAGACUGCUGAGAUACUAGAAUCAUUCAAACUGAUUGAGUAAAUCUAUGUGCAAUGAAACACUAAAACCAGAAUAUGUAAUAGUUUAUUUGUUCAAGAGCAGAUAUGAUGGUUGACUGCAAAAUCAGGCACUAUUUCACCUCAGCACUCUUUGGAUAAGAGCGCACUGUAUAUGCCAAAAAAAUACAUGUAUAUAAAUUAAACAUGGGUCACAUUUGAUCCAGAAUGCAACUUUGACCAAUCAGAAUCAAUUAUUGCAAUGAGGCAUGUAACCAUUCAGUAUAAUGCAUGCUACAAAAGCAUCAAUGCAGAUGAUGCAAUAUGAAAGUAUACAUUUUAAUCAACAUAUGUGUUCCCUGGGAUUGAACCUAUAGACUUGCCAAUAAUGCAGCGCUCUACCAAUUGAGCUAUAGGAACAGUCAUAGCAAAUCCAAGAGGCCACAAAAGGUUCCCACAGGAGCAAUGCUGGCCUCACAUAUUUUUUGUGUCGUCUGGGUGUGAGCAGAGAUAGCAGCCAUGCCCUUGUAAGCCCUGCUGUCUGCCACCUUCACACAAACAUACAAACUGUGCGAAAGAUUAUACCAAGCGCUUCUAAUCCAGAAUAAUCCACAGACCUAGGCAGCGCAUGGGAGUUAUCUGGCAACGAGAGCAGCUAACUGGCAACUAUAGAAUCAAACACCAAUGCAAAUCCCCCAUUGGGUGGAAUUUUCAUUUUCUGGGAAUCCAAUUAAUAAAUGCUUUUUCUCACUGUCUUGUGCAUGUUCAGCAGAGACUGCACUGUUUGCUGAGCUUGAGGUUUGUGGGUCCAGUGAGGACAGACUGUCAACCUUGAAACCCUCCCAAAUAAAGGGGGUCACAUAUGGUUUGGGACUGCAAUCAGUGAGCUGUGUGUGUGCGUGUGUGUCACAGAUGUGUGUGGCAGCUCAUUGCUCAAAGUGUCUGCUUUUGAUAAUGUGCAUUAGAGUGUGUAUUGAGCAUUCACAUUGUUGAUGGUAGAUGUAUGCCAUCACUUUGGCCCGUAUCUUGGUGACUCCCAACAGAGAGCGUCUGACAAUUAGAGUCAAUUACAGCCAGCAGACUUUGAUGGGAGCUUUAUCGGGGCAGCCAGGGAGAUAUACCGUAACUGACAGAGGUGAAGUGCAUUUUAUACCUCAAUGACAUCUGUUACUGUACUCAAGAGAAGGGUGUCUCCUAGUGUACUAUAUUUCUUUGGAAUUGGUCAAUUAAGUGGCCGUUCCCCUUCCCCACCCCCUCUGUUUCACUUUCUGAAAUGCAAUUAUGUCCUUUCUUUUCACAUGGCCGAUUAUCAAUGUGGCUCCAUUAAAAUCAGAUUUGCAUAAUAUGGCAUGCUCUGUAGCAUCAGGCUAUAAUAACACAUUAAUCAAACAGACUUAAUCAUGGUGUCACUAAGGGGAAGGGUACUGUAUAUGUGACUUUCUUAUAAAAACACGUAUAGUGUAUGUCUGCAGUAAUAUAGAGGCCAUCACGGGUCCACAUGUCCUGCGGGAGGAAUCGGGUGGGGUGUAAUUUUCAAGAGUGCGCCCUUGAUGGUCACGCUGCAUGUUUGCUGGCUGUCCUUGGCUUUUGGCACCCAGCAGAGGAGCCAGAUGUACAUGGAUGACCCUGCUCCAUGUGUUCUGGAGGAUUAGGGUCAGUUGUUUAAGAUUCAGACCCACACUGGGUCAUCGACUCACCUUCAUACGGCCUGUGAAAGGGCAAAGGGGAGACGAGUGAUUUGGUUGGGGUUAGGGCGGAAUGAAAUUCAGCUAUCAAUUAAAACUGUAAGUUAAGAUGUUAAGUAAAAGUGGUCUUUGAAGGUGAAUUGGAAAAUGCAGUGUUCGAAUUGAGGAGGUCCCGGCCCUCCUAUAAACAUUGAUGGACUAUGAAGCACCCUAUGAAAAAUAUAAAUUUAGGUCCCCUGGUUAUUCAUAUUAAAAUACAUGAAUUUAAACUUCUCGUUCUGCGCUGCCACAAACCAACACUGUGCAUUAUUUGUCCCAAUUUUGCAAAAAAAUAAUCUAAUAAAAAAUUUCUAUCUAAAAUAAAUGUAAACACGUGCCCCUUUAUGUUGUUUUCUGGAGGAAUUGACAGAUUGUUGGAUUUAGAUUUAGGGUUGGGUUAGGGGCUUUUAAAAAAUUCUUAUUUGAGGGGUAAACAUUUUUAGGGUUUACAUUAAAGGGAUAGUUCGGCCAAAAAUGAUAUUAAACCCAUGAUUUACUCACCCCCAAGCUGUCCGAGUUGCGUACGUCCAUCGUUUUUUCAGACAAACACAUUUUCGGAUAUUUUAGAAAAUGUUUUAGAUCUUUCAGUUAAUCAAAUGUGAAGUUACGGGGUCCACGACCUUCAAGUCCAAAAAAAGUGCGUCCAUGAUAAAUAAAGGUCUUCUGAGGGUAAUCCGCACGGUGUUGUUGUAGAAAUAUCCAUAUUUAAAACUUUAUUAACGAAAAUAAAUACCUUCCGGUAGCGCCGCCAUCUUAGACUCCUCUAUUCAGGAGAGAGUAUUAGCGUAGGGUACGCACUUUUCUUAGUGACGUAUGACAAAUUCGGAGGGCGGGGGCACAGAGCAGCAGCAGAGUAGCCUCCGUAGGGUGCGUAAGCUCUCAUCCUGAAUCCGGACGCGACUAAGAUGGCGGCGCUACCGGAAGGUAUUUAUUUACGUGUCAUUACGUGUCAAUAGCCACCCCCCUCUGUUCGCUGAUUGGACCUGAGAUUUUUGCAGGAGAAAAUGAAACUCUACAGAGCAGUCCCAGACGUACUGCUGAAGCGAAAUGAAAAUUAAGCAGAAGCACGUAGGAGGGCGGAGCCAGGCUAGUAUUUUGGUUCAUCAAAAACCAAAUACAAAGAGGUCAGGGUUAGGAUGAGGACUUGAUCAUGUAUGACCAUUCCACAAGUCACAAGUUUCUCAUCAGAUUCACUAAACUUGAAUUACUGCAGUGCACACCUCGGCAUGACCGGUCAGCCUGAGCAUUGUGAAGCACGUGAAAUGCAUCACAAAUGUCUGGCACGUUUCAAAGCACUAUGCUAUUAUUUCAUUACGUUUAGAAAUUUUUAUAUAUAUUAUUUUUAUAUAUAGAUUAUAUGAUUGUUUGUGCACUCUAAUGUACCUCUCCAUUAUUUUCAUUAUACUAUUAAAAGGCAUUUUUUUCUAACCAUAUAUACAUUCAGCCUUUUUUUGCCCCCAAUAUGUCUUUUGUCGCAUUUUGUGGCAUUUGUGACCCAAGAUCUGCUCAUCAGUUCUUUGACAUCUUAGGAUUGAUAUGGGGGACUUAAAUUAAUUUAUCACCUUUUAUAGUUUGAGUCAAGGAUAACAAAAACUUUCCAAAACAAUUUUAUUUUUAGCAGUAUAAUUCUUAUUCUGUGUUUCAUUUAUUAAUUAUGACUGUAUUUUGGUGGGGAAAAUCACAUGUGCCUCAUAUGCCACAUAUUUCUUCUAGGGGAGAGAGAGAAAGAGAUGAAUGAGGUAUGCUUGGCACUCAACAUUGUUAAUGUUGUUACAGAGAAUGGAGUACACACUGUUUCUCUCUAUCUCUAUGUGUGUCUUCCUCACAUGGGCCCGGUUAGAUUUGACCCGGUAUGCAGGUUUCACCAUGUCCUUGGAAAAAAGAUUUUUGCGUCUCUGAGAACUCUCUCAGCAGAGUGCAUUGUCAGACUGUGAGUAUUGAUGUCAGGCAUUCGGUAGGCUACAUAAAUCUACAGGACCGUCAUGCACACACGCACAAACAUCCAGGAUCUUCAGUUUCAAACUUUCUCCAGGGCAAUACACCAACGUCAAGAUGCAUAACAAAGACCAGAUCGGCGAUGAGGACUACCAGACAACAGCAGACUGGCUGCUCUCCCAUACACAACACAGACCAAAAGUGGCCAUCAUCUGUGGCUCUGGGCUCGGCUUGCUGGCUGAUGCCCUUAAAAAUCAAGACUCCUUCAAUUAUGUAGACAUCCCCGGCUUUCCUCAGAGCACAGUAAAGGGCCACGCUGGACGGCUAGUGUUUGGGAAUCUUAAAGGGAAGACCUGCGUGUGCAUGCAGGGACGAUUUCAUAUGUAUGAGGGACACUCGCUAAGCAAGGUCACCUUUCCAAUAAGAGUGUUUAAACUUCUGGGUGUUGAGACCUUGAUUGUCACUAAUGCCGCCGGAUCAAUAGCGGACAGUUACAGUUGUGGUGAUAUUAUGAUCAUCCGUGACCACAUAAACUUCCCUGGACUAGCUGGACUGAACCCACUCAAUGGACCGAAUGAUGAUAGAUUUGGUCCACGAUUUCCGUCCAUGUCUGGGGUCUAUGACAAAGACUUACGGAAGUUGGCAUUUGACAUCUGUAAGACCAUGGGUGUCUCUCAAUAUAUCCAAGAGGGUGUGUACUGCAUGGUGGGAGGGCCAAACUUUGAGAGUAUUGCUGAAGCUCGUCUUUUACACAAACUGGGAGUGGAUGCAGUCGGAAUGAGUACUGCCCCAGAAGUUUUGGUUGCCAGCCACUGUGGCAUACGAGUCUUUGGUCUUUCUCUCAUCACUAACAAAGUGGUGAAAAGCUAUGAGGACAAUGAGGCUGUCAAUCAUGAAGCUGUGCUGGAAGUGGGCAAAAUGCGCUCAGAAACGCUGCAGGCACUUGUCACCGAACUCAUAAGCCACAUGGACAUCAACAACAACAACAACAACAUUGUAUGAUGUCAUCCAUACUGUAAGAGCCAAUCAAAACCUCAUACAAAAUAACCUGCAGAUAUCAAGGUGACUUUUUUUUACUGACUUUUUUCAG